AUGGCGACCGACACAGAGGCCAACUCGCCCCUAGAGCAGAGUAUAGCCAAGCCCACAAAAUCCUGGAAGGGCUACCUCUGGGAUACCUGGGAUUUACCGCAAGAGGAGCGAUGGCUAUUGUUCAAGCUUGAUGCAUUCGUACUCACCUUUGCUUCUAUUGGCUACUUUCUCAAAUAUCUGGAUCUCCAAAAUGUCACGAACGCAUACCUUAGUGGCAUGGAAGAGGAUUUGGAGAUGUACGGCAACCAGCUGGUGACAAGUACUUCAAUCUUCACAGUCGGCUAUGUCAUCGGCCAGAUUCCUUGCAAUUUGCUACUCACAAGAGUAUCCCCGCGAUGGGUUAUUCCUUCGCUUGAAGUCGGUUGGGGAAUUGCCACAAUGUGCAUGUCAAGCGUCAAGAGCUACAAAGCUCUUUACGGCCUUCGAUUCCUGGUUGGACUUUUCGAAUCCGGCUUCUACCCCGGCAUCCACUACAUGCUCGGAUCAUGGUACACACCCCGAGAGAUCGGAAAGCGAGCAAUGAUUUUCUGGCUCGCGGGGUCAGUCGGCACAAUUUUCAGCGGUUUCCUUCAAUCUGCUGCCUACACGAACUUGGACGGCGUGGAGGGUCGCGCAGGAUGGAGAUGGCUUUUCAUCAUUGACGGAAUCAUCACGUUGCCCCUCGCGCUCGCUGGCUUCUUGUUUUUCCCCAACCUCCCCCAGAGUGGUAAAAAGACAUGGUGGAUCACCAAGGAAGAACAAGACCUUUCGAUGAGACGUAUGGAGGCGAUCGGUCGUGCUGGCAAGCAGCCUUGGACCAUGGCGAAGGCAAAGAGAAUUUUCAGCAGCUGGCACACAUAUCUUCUUCCCUUGUGUUAUAUUAUCUGGAACAACGGAUACCCACAGCUCGGCAUGGGAUAUUGGCUUAAGAGUUUCAAUGCGAAACCUGCUCCAGUCCCAGGCACAUCUUACACAGUCUCUCAGAUUGACAACUUGCCUUUGGUCACAACGGCUAUUUUCAUCGUCACAGCCUUGAUUGAGGGCUUUCUGUCUGAUGGGCCCUGUAAGGGACUCCGCUGGCCCUUUAUUUACAUUGGAGCUAUUAUCACGAUCGUGUUUGCUGCGCUUUUGCGCCAGAUGCCUCUAUAUACCAACAUACCAGGCCGUACUGCUGUUUACUGGCUCAGUUACAUCGGAAAUGGUGCCGGUCCACUUAUUCUCAGUUGGAUCAACGAAAUUUGCUCUGCCGACACUGAAAAGAGAGCUUUGGUUCUCGCUAUGGCCAACGAUCUUGCAUAUGUUGUACAGGCAGUGGCGCCCAACUUUGUAUGGAAGACUACAGAUUUCCCUGCCGCGAAGAAAGGAUAUCUUUGGACAAUCAUUUUGCAGAUCUUGUUGAUUAUUGUGACCGCUGCCAUUCAAUACCUACUUUGGUGGGACAAAAAGAAAGAGGCGAACCUGGAAAUUGAAGGAUUCAUCCCGGAAUCAUCGGGGCAGUCUUCUACUGACGGCUCCUCUAUUGAUGGCAACAAGGGUGCUGGUGCUGUUGAAGUCACGCCUGUCAGGCCAGAGCAGAUAAUUUGA